AUGAGAGCUCGGCCCGUCGUCACCAUCGAAAACUACACCAUAUACUGCGGCGAUGUUGAUGAGAACAAAGUAGGUGUGAGGAACGAUUACAAGAACCUGGUGGAGGAAUUUGGCUCAACGUCGUCUAGAUGCGCCUUUCUACGACUGCGGGAUCGCAGAGGACGUAAACUCUGGAUCGUAAGUGCUCGUGCACCUACACCGCUGAAGACAACACAGGUGGUCAUUGUGGGCAUCGACGCAAACGCGAAGAUGGGACUCGAACAGCAAUCCGAUGUGCUAGGAAAAUGGUAUUAUCCAGCGGAGCGCACGUCGGACAACGGUGACCGUCUGGUCGACUUGUGCGAACAGACGGGCCUCAUCAUCGCUUCCACGUUUAAGAGGAAUCAUCGACGCCAUCAGCUCACGUGGCAGGGGUCAACCCUUUUAAUGCCUGAACAGCAGCGCAAGCGGAAGAUGAGGACUCUUAAACUUCAGCUCGACUACGUUCUGGCGAGGAACAUUCCUCAGUCAGAUAUCCGAAAAUCUAGAGCUGUUUGGGACGUCGCGUUCGACUCUGACCACCGUCCAGUUGUUCUCAGCUUCAAGACACGGUUCAACAAGAGAAACCGAGGAGUUCCUCUUCAACCGAAAAUCGGCAUGGCAGGUCUGAAAGACGAUGAAUGCAGAAGAAAAUUCCGCCAACGUGUGUCUAUUCAUGUUCGAGUACGGACCAGAAAGAAGCUUAGCGAUGCGGAUUCUUUCACAAAUUACAUCCAGGAUGCUGCAAGGGAAACGCUCCCGGUUCUAUUGCCGCGGAAGAAGUUUGCCUUUUCAUACAAUUCUGUAUGUGGAUCUGCACUGCUGGAAAAGCGUCUUAGAAGGAAGCUGCGUCGUCAACUGCAACAAGACUGCGAUAACGAGUGGAUGUCAAGAGCGAUGGAGCUUGAGAAGGCGUUAGAGCACAGGAACCCGCGGAGAGCCUACGCUCUACUAAAACAACCGACAUAUGCGGUUAACAAGGAGCCACCGACCGAGUCGGAGGUACUGGUCUCUAUUCAGAAAAUGAAGAAUGGAAAAUCUGGUGGAGACGACGGGAUUAGCGCAGAAAUGCUAAAAUAUCUUCCUCCGUCUAGGAUUCUUCGAACACCAGCCGGAUGUGCAACACCGUUUGAAGUGGUAACUGGAGUAAGACAAGGGGCAGAGGCAGGACCUUUCCUGUUCAAUUUCGCCAUCGACGACAUUAUGCGAAAAACAGUUGACCAGUGUCCUGCCGACAUUGUCUUAGCACCAUCAGGGUGCCCCUUGACUGACCUCGAGCACGCCGACGAUGUUGUUAUAUUCGCGGAAAGCAGUACGAAACUUCAACAUGUUGUCAACCUUGUAUCGAAGCUGGCUGCAGCCUACGGACUACGCCUACGCCCUGAUAAAUGCAAGGAGGCCGGCAAAUCGCCUUGUUCAACGAGUUCUGAGGAGUUUGCCAGAUUCGAGCUGGAAGAAGCCACCGGAAAACGGAAGUUCUGGACUGAGGUGGUGAAAGAGGACCUGAGGACACUCGGCGUGGAUAGGCAGUUCAAGCGAGACGUAAGGUUUCGCAGAGUAUGGAAUAACGACGAAUGGAUUGAUUCUGUGCAAGCUCUCGCAGAAGAUCGAGAAGGUUAG